GUUUCUCCACCUAACAUAGGAUAUAUCAGUGCUAAAAGCUUCAACCUUUGCUUCUCCAAAGGUGUAGUUUGUACUUUCAGGCCCUUUAGCAGUACAGCUGGUUUCCUUUGACCUAUAUCCGCAGAGUUUCACUUCUUCCAUUUGUAACACGAGGAGCCUCUUUGUAAAAUGGAGCGUUCUCCCGAGCAAAAAGCCGCAAAGUUUCUACUGGAAGCCUCUCUGCUUUAUGAGGAGAAAUGCCCGGAGCUUUCACGUUUCCUUCUGAUGCCACAAACUGCAGUGCACUGAUCAGGGAUUGUUUGGAUGCACCAACACAGCAGCAGCCGUUCAAGAUUAAAGGAAUAGAGAAGAAAAACAAGCAAACUCUCUUCAAAUUGUUGCAGAGUACUUCGGUGUGUCUGUACUGUUACCAGUGGCUGAAGCCGGGCAAUCAUAGGGUGCGACUGCGGCCAAAGCGCCGUCCGUCGGCACGCGUGCAGCAAGUCCUACAUAGACAUGCCAGAGGAAAACGUCUGAGCCUCAUACAAAAAAAGCUGCUCCUCCGCUUCCAAAAGUCGCCUUCAGUGCUGAUGGCCACCUGCCACGCUUGCAGUAAGACAUCCAUACACAAAGGAGUGAACAGAGAUUUUAUAGCCACCUUCGCUAAGACCCACGGCACACCAGGGAGCGCUGGCAAAUACAAGACUCCUCAGUCUAGCAGCAGAUCCCACACCACGCCCAAGAACCCAGGCAAGGAGAAGACCCCCUCCUCUACUCCAAGAUCCUCUAUUACUUCCACCAUGUCAGGGUCAAGUACAUCGUCCGCCAAGUCUUCCUGUAAAUCCAAGAACUGGGUGGUUCAGCGUCUCAGUAAGAUCCUUACUCGAGAGGACAGCCAAGGCAAAAAGAAGGGAGGCUUGAAGGACUUCCUCUCCUCACUCUAAGGGUCUUCCUCUCUUUUUUGUCUUUACUCUUGCUCUUAAAAACAAGAGGGACCAAUGUUCCUACUUGUCUAAACCAGAGCUAUCGAGAAACUUGGAUUGUUUAAGUUUCCGAGCCUGUGCGGUGCGGGAAGUGUCAGUGUUGCUGAGCUGACUGUGAAGGCGCUCCUCAACGUCCCAUUGUUCUUAAUUAGGAGCAUUGAGGUUCUAAUCAGUUCCCGCACAUUCUGCUGCGCCAGAUGAAGGGGAAUGCUUCUUGGAAACUCCUAAACUGGAGUUGGCUCCCUUACAAAGUCUCUAUUGUUACGGGGACAUGUCCAGCACAACAAGCUGGUUUAUACGCCUGUCUUUGAUUUUUUACCAAACACACAUUUAUUACAGAAAUUAGGAACAAAUUAUUAUACAAUGUGACUUUAGAAGGUUUUUUAUGACAUGCAUUAACAAACUCCCAGCAUUUGAUCCUUUGUUAGGGAGCGGUGUGAGCAUAAAAGCAUAGACAGACUGACAGAUCAUGUCUAUAUUUUGCAUGAAUAGUUCAGUAAAUCUAUAUACAUUUAUAAAGGAAAAGUAACCCAAUGACAUUAUUCAUACCUUUAACUGAAACCAAAAUAAGUAUACUGGUUGUUGUUUACGCAGGCACACCACCUAACAAUCUGUACAGAAGAGCUUUACUAUAAUGUCUGACCUUUGAAUAUUGAAACUCUUUGAGAUUUUUUUUUUUUUUGCCUAUGUACUGUUAGUUACUCUUAUUGUACAUUUUCUUAAUAGUUUUAAGUGAAUAUAUUGUGUAUUUGUACUGACUGAUUUCUUACUCUAUUGUGGAAAUACUGUUCGGUGAACAGUAUUCUGAAAUACCUCACAUUUAUAUUCAACUUGUGAUUCUGAAAUUAAACCUUUUCA